ACCACAAACUUUGACUUCAUUGAUGGAACAGCUUGAGGAAAAGCUAGGUCUUCCUUACAAGUUUUAUCUUCAGUAUGAAGAUGCUGAUUUUAACAAUGCACUGAUUAACCUAACAGACAUUGCAGAUUUACCUGAAAGGCCCACCUUAAAGGUGAUUACUCUUGCAGCAUCUCCUACAGCAUCUCCUACACCAAGUACAGCUGACACAGAUAUUGUGUCUUUGACCUCAGAAGAAGGUUCAUCUAAUGUACGCCAAGCUCAGUGGCCAGAGACCUUUGAAAUCCCAAAUUUUCCUGUAGACAUUGAGUACAGAUUGCGCCAAGGAAAUCUUCUCUUCAUGAAAGACCAGACAUAUAUGCACGUUCCUAGGGACAUGAAGCAUGAAAUUCUUGAAAAACUUGCUGAGUCUAUGUACAACUUCAAAGCAUAUCCCUCUGAUGACGAUUUCAAUGAUGUUGCAUCUGCACUGGUAAAAAAACAUCCAUGCCUUACUGAACCAGGUUCCUCUACUGGAUGGAACGGUUGGAAGAACAGCCUCAAAUUUAAAAUGGGGAACUACAGAACGAAGCUACGCCGAGCUGGAUGCACAGAUGUUCUUAUAAAUGCAGGAAAAAGGGGAGGCCAAGAUCCUGUGAGAGGUGUUAAAAGGCCUAAACGAUUUGAAAUCAAUUUUCUUCCCAAUUGUCCUGCUGGUGAGGAUGACUGCAGCAUGGAAUCUAAACGCUUACAACUUGUGGAGGAAAUGAAUAAAAGUCAUCCAAGUUCCACCUUGAUAUCACAGCACAUGGAUUCCACUUUCUCCUUGAGAAGAAAAGAGAUCGUAGAGAAGGAACCUCCAGUAACAGAGACUCUCCAAAGAUGGCCAUCACUUUUCACAGAAAGGCAGGUAAGUUAUAAUUAA